CUGUUCAAGGGGCCAAGUCCAGUGCCUGUGGCUGCUGCAGCCCAGGCUGAAGACCAGCACUUGUAGUUCUUCACUAAAUGAGGAACGGGCAAAGUGAUCUUCAGAACUUAGCCUGCUCCUAAAUGAAAAGUGUUCUAAUUCUUAGAGUCAUUGUUCUUGGAUGUAGCAUGAGCUGCUGUUCUCUGCAAAUGUCAAGGCAUUCUUUAGGCAAACUGCUGAGAGGAAGGGAACAUCCCCUCCUCUCCUGGAAUUCACUUUGCAAUAUUCUUUCUGCUCUGCAAAAAGCAGAUGUUGAUAAAAAUUCAUCCCAGAUCCCAGGGUGCACUGAAUCUUUGGAAGUAUGUAAUCUUGUGCUGAAUCUCCCAAGAGAGUGUUUCUUCCCAAGAAAAUGAAGGCUCCUGAUUUUUCAGCCCUCCUUCCCAUUUGUAGAUGACAGCCGCUUGCCUUGGUGCCUGUUUGUCUUCUGAUUUCUGUCUGCUCUGAUGGUUUUUCCAUGGGCUUAGUUUCCCCUCAAGGCAACCCUGCAAAGGAGUGUGGGAGAAUCAGACUCUGUGCAGAGCUGCCUGUUUUGCUGGGGCUGCUGUUGUUGUUGUUCUUGUUGAUGUUAUCGUUAGCCAAAAGACCACAAAUUGCUCAGAGCCCCAGAGAGUGGAGCUGGGUUUCAGAUCUCCUGCAAGCUCAAUCUCUCUGUUUUGAACUUUGCUUCUUGCAUUUUGUUUCUUUCAGGGUGUGUGGUGAGUGUGGAAGAUCCAGAAAAGAAGUACACUGGAUGGGAACAUCUUGGCAGUGGGGGCUUUGGAGCUGUUUAUAAGGCCUUCGACACUGCCACAGGACAAGCGGUGGCUGUAAAGGAACUUUAUCUCCAGCACCAGGGCUGUGAGGGAGUAUUAAAAGAAAUCCUGCUCAUGAGAGAAAAUAAGAACGCCAAUAUUGUCAGCUACUUAGAAAGCUACCUUGUGGAUGAGGCUGUCCUGCUGGUGUUGGAAUAUAUGGAUGGAGGCUCCUUAGCUGAUGUGGUCACCGUGAGAAGGAUGGCUGUAGGACACAUAGCAACAGUGUGUCGGGAGUGCCUGCAAGGCCUGGCUUUCCUUCAUGCCAAGCAGGUGAUCCACAGAGACAUCAAAAGUGACAACAUCCUUCUGGGCCGGGAUGGCUCCGUCAGGCUGGCUGAUUUUGGCCUCUGUGCUGUGCUCAGCCCUGAGCACAGGAAACGGAGGUCGAUGGUCGGGACCACUUACUGGAUGGCACCCGAGGUGGUGAGAAGAGAGCCUUACGGCCCCAAAGUGGACACCUGGUCCCUUGGGAUUGUGGGAAUAGAAAUGGCCACAGGAGAGGCUCCUUAUAUGCAGGAGACCAGUGUCAAGGCCAGCUACCUGAUAGGCAAGCAAGGGGUUCCAAAUCUGCACCAGCUCAGGCUACCCCCUGGCUUGUAUGAAUUUCUGGGCUGCUGCCUGCAGAUGGAUGUGGACAGGCGAGGCUCUGCCAAGGAACUUCUGCAGCAUCCAUUUCUGCAAUCAGCGGAGCCUCUCUUAAGCCUCUUCUGACAGCCUGAUUGCUGCCAUCCCUGCAGCAAGGGAAUGCAAGAAGCAAAGGAGAUGACAAGGUGUGAGAGUCUGUCCGAAACUUCCCUCAUUUUUUGCCUCUCGAUCGUCAUGAAAGCCAAGACCACCGGGGAAAGGGAAAGAUCCUGUUCUGAAAAUCCAGGUCUGUCUGGUCCACCAAGCCAGAUUAUUGCCUACGGGUGUGUUUGCUCAACUCAUGGAACACUGCACCCAAGAAGGGGCAGUGUGCUCUCCUUCGCCUGCAUCACCUAGCAACGCUAGUGCUGGAAUUUCUCCACCCUUCUGACUUGGCUGGACUUUCUCUCUGGAAUGACCUUCCCGGAGGUCACCACAAAAGGACCCUCCAUUCACUGUACAUCAACCACCGUGACAGAUGGACUAAGAUGGGAGAGGGUUCUCCCCUCAAGGACUGAGACGUGCGACCCCUACCUGGAAAAGCUCCCCUCUUUUCCCAAAAGGACUAAGACUGAAAUCCCCACCGUAGGGUGAGGGAAGGUAUGCGUGGGGACCGGAGCAAGUUUUGCAAGCGACCACUGGACCGAGAAGACAAUGGUUCCUGCCUACGACAUCUGCUGCUGACGACGCCUGUUCCUGAUGGACUACUGAUGGACUCCUUGUACCCUUUAUCAAUAGACUAUUUUGAAAUGGGUCCCCUUCCCCCAUUUCAAAAGGACUAUAAAAAAGGUUAGACCUGACUGAUACCUUUGAGAUCUCCCCUGACGUGAAGACGACAGGCCUCUUCGUCGACCGGACUUCGAGGGACUUUUUCAUCUGCACGUCUGGUAGCUAUAUACCUCCUUGCCCUCCCUCUCUUCUUUUGCUUUUCCUUAUUCUUUUCCCUUUCUUCAUUCCCCUCUCUCUAACGCAUCUUCUCUAUGGCUAUUUAAUAA